AUGGCUAAAGUAGCAAGACUACAAAGUCUACUUCCUCGAUCACGAAUUUUCCGAGAGGAAGAUCCUUGGGCUCUUGUACGUUUCACGAAAGGCGGACCUAGGAAGCAACCUCGUAAUGAGGCAGAAUGGGCCCAUCACUUCCUGAAGAAAAGCUCUCGACUAGUUUUAACACUUGAUAUGAGCAGUGAAGCAACAUAUUUUCGCAAUCAACUCAAGGCAAAAUAUCUUCAUCCAUGGGGACGUUUUCCGGAUACCCGAUUCGAACUUAUAGAUCCCUUACCUGACCGCUACUUUUAUAUAAAGAUGUACAAAGAUACAAUCAAUGACUUUUGUGCAAAAGGUCGACCAGAAUUUCCUGUCGGUCCAACAUUGAACUUUUCUGUUUCCGAGCAAUCUAGAAUCUCUGGUCUGGUUAAGCAGGUAUACCCAGAAAUAUUCAUUCAGGGAAUGCGGGUUAUACCCAAGAAACCAUCUGAGGGGCAUUUCUUGAUUAUGACGAGUUUUCCCAAAGGAUCGGUGGUUCACCUACUUCGUGAUUAUUUCAUAAAGGAACUCGGCAAGUUUCCAAACGAUGAAGUCCAAAGAGUAAUGAAGAACGUGGGAAAGGAAAAAUUCAAAGCUCAAAUGCCAUUAGGAUACUGUACACAUAUGGGAAAGCUGCGUGCUGAAGAAACAAAGGACGAAAUCGCGCGUGAAUUUGUAGGAAGUGGGGGUCUUCACUUGGGCACUGCUGUGAGUUUAAGUUUAUGGCGCAAGCAUUACGACGAAGAUCCGGAAGAUAAAUGGGGUGAUCCGGUGCUGGUGGAUCGAGAAUGUUUAUAUUCAAAAGCGCUUGGAGAAAUAUCAAAAAUGCCUUCAUCCUCGUUUGUUUCUAUCGCUCCCGAGAAACAGUUUACGAAGGAAACUCUAGAAAGCGGCGAUGGUACCUAA